AUGCGAUGGCCACCAUGGAGCUCCGAAUCUAGCCAGGGCAGCAAAACAGACCGAGAGAGCAUUCUCCCCACUGCCUCGAGCGCGUCAUCCUACCCCACAUCCGCAACAAACAACACCACCUCGUCAUUGGACUGGACCGCCUUCACAGAGUCAAGAACCAUCAUCUCGAGUAUUCUCUUGACCAGUGGCAUCCUACUUGCUGCGCGGUUUCAUCGCCGGUAUUUGCGACGUAUCCCCGAUGCGCCCAGUAUCUCGCCGUCGUUCCUGCGUCGGCGGUCCAUUUUCGGCAAGGUCACCAGUAUUCAUAUCCGUUUGGCAGGCAUCGAUGCCCCCGAAUUAGCGCAUUUCGGUCGACCUGAGCAGCCUUUUGCGCGCGAAGCCCACCAAUGGCUUACUUCAUACCUUCAGGGCCGAAGGAUACGGGCGACCGUCUAUCGCCAGGACCAAUACAGUCGCGUCGUGGCUAGCGUCCACGUACGCCGGGCUCUCGACCUACCUCCCUUCCGUCGGCGAGAUGUUUCAUAUGAGAUGCUGAAACGCGGGCUGGCAACGAUAUAUGAGGCGAAAGUUGGUGCGGAAUUUGGAGGUGAGAAACUAGAACAGAAAUAUCGGCGUGCAGAAUGGUGGGCUAAGGCGCGGUCAAAAGGUCUUUGGAAGGACUAUCGCCGCGUGGGGUCAAACUGGGAGAGUCCUCGUGAGUACAAGAAACGAAUGGGCAUGGGUGAGCCGUCAGAGGAUGGCGGAAAGCCCAAGUGA